UGUGUGUGUCCAUGCAGGAAGGAUGCUGUGUAGUAGAAAGGGAAGCGGGCGGGAGGGGGAGGAGUGAGCAGCUCCCCUGUCACUACGUCAGGAGCCAUCACAGGAGCGCACAGGAGCCACUUUCUGCUGAAGGAUCCGGGUGACUCCCUGCGCCGAUAUCAUCCCAGUCGCCCUAAAAUGCGCUGACCUCUUCAUCCCAAAGAGUUUGGUGUCUGAGUGGUGACCAGCAGCAGAGCAGGGAGCUGUCCACGGUCCUGCCUGGAUCAGUCCACAGAAAUCCACAGCAGACACUCAUGUGCUGAUCUCCCCCGUCCUCUGCAGCAUCUCUUUGCCUCCUCCAAGCAUCCAAGAUGGACGACGACGGGCGCUACCGAGACGGCCGCUCAGACUUCAUCCGCGGCGCCAAAGACAUUGCCAAAGUUGCCAAGAAGCAGGUCGGCAAAAAGGUCGGACGCGGCGUGGACAAGAUGGCCGACGAGUACGUCAAGCGCUCCUACAAGCGCUUUGAAGAGGAAGACGACGACGACGAUUACGCGGGCGUGCCGAGCAAUGAUGGUGGAUAUUACCGGAACGACAGCCGAGCCAACGACGAUGAAGGCCACAGCGACUCCACCGAAGGUCACGACGAGGACGAUGAGAUUUAUGAGGGUGAGUACCAGGGCAUUCCUCGGGGUGACUCUGGGAAAACCGGCGGCAUGGAUGGCAUGGCAGUCGCCGAGGCGCAGCAGUUCAGGGACCUGUCGGCGUUUGAGGGCGAGGUGCGGAAGGACCGGGAGGAGCUGGCCCAGCAGUACGAGACCAUCCUGCAGGAAUGCGGCCACGGAAAGUUCCAGUGGACUCUCUACUUUGUUCUGGGACUGGCGCUGAUGGCCGACGGCGUGGAGAUCUUUGUGGUCGGCUUCGUGCUUCCCAGUGCGGAGAAGGACAUGUGCCUGUCAGAGCCGAACAAAGGCAUGCUGGGUCUGAUCGUUUACCUGGGGAUGAUGGUUGGAGCCUUCGUCUGGGGCGGCCUGGCUGAUCGGAUCGGUCGGAGACAGACCCUGCUCAUUUCGCUCUCCAUAAACAGUGUGUUUGCCUUCUUCUCGUCCUUCGUCCAGGGAUACAGCUCCUUCCUUUUCUGCCGUUUGGCCUCUGGCGUCGGCAUCGGAGGCUCCAUCCCAAUUGUGUUUUCUUAUUAUUCUGAGUUCCUGGCCCAGGAGAAGCGUGGAGAGCACCUGAGCUGGCUCUGCAUGUUCUGGAUGAUCGGCGGUAUCUACGCCUCCGCCAUGGCCUGGGCCAUCAUCCCACACUACGGUUGGAGCUUUCAGAUGGGCUCGGCCUACCAGUUCCACAGCUGGAGGGUUUUUGUUCUGGUGUGUGCCUUCCCGUCUGUGGCCGCCAUCUCUGCCCUCUCCACCAUGCCUGAGAGCCCCCGCUUCUACCUGGAGAACGGGAAGCAUGACGAGGCGUGGAUGAUUCUGAAGCAGGUCCAUGACACCAACAUGAGGGCCAAAGGUUACCCAGAAAGGGUCUUCUCUGUGACCACCAUUAAAACGGUGAAGCAGAUAGACGAGCUGGUGAACAUGAGCGACAGUGCGGCCUGGCAUGAGAAAUGGAGGCUAAAACUCUCCUCACUUUUCCAUCAGGUGUGGAAUAAUUUCCAAACUGUUUUCUCCCCUGAGUACCGCCGCACCACCUACAUGAUGAUGGCCGUGUGGUUCUCCAUGUCCUUCAGCUACUACGGUCUGACUGUGUGGUUCCCUGACAUGAUCAAGUACCUGCAAAAGCAGGAGUAUGCCUCGCGCACCAAGGUGUUUGUCAAGGAGAAAGUGGAGCAUGUCACCUUUAACUUCACUCUGGAGAACCAGGUCCACCGUCAGGGGCAGUACUUCAACGACAAGUUCAUGAAUGUGAAAAUGAGAUCUAUGGUGUUCGAAGAUUCGCUGUUUGAAGAGUGUUACUUUGAGGAUAUCACCUCCAGCAACACUUUUUUCAAGAACUGCACAUUUAUUGCCACCCUCUUUUACAACACUGAUCUUUUUAAAUACCGUCUGAUCAACUGUAAGCUCAUAAACAGCACUUUCCUGCACAACAAAGAAGGCUGCCUGCUCAGUGAUGUCAGUGAUGAAAAUAACGCCUACAUGGUCUACUUCGUCAGCUUCCUGGGUACCUUGGCAGUGUUGCCUGGUAACAUUGUGUCUGCGCUCCUCAUGGACAAGAUUGGGCGUUUGAGGAUGCUUGCCGGCUCCAGCGUCAUCUCUUGCGUCAGCUGUUUCUUCCUGUCUUUCGGCAACAGCGAGUCAGCCAUGAUCGCUCUGCUGUGCCUGUUUGGUGGGAUCAGCAUCGCCUCCUGGAACUCCCUGGAUGUGCUGACCGUCGAGCUCUAUCCGUCUCACAAGAGAACCACUGCUUUUGGCUUCCUCAACGCUCUGUGUAAAUUAGCGGCCGUGCUCGGCAUCAGCAUCUUCACGUCAUUCGUUGGCAUAACCAAGGCCGUGCCCAUCCUGUUUGCCUCCGGAGCGCUGGCAGCAGGCAGUUUUCUCGCCCUCAAACUACCAGAGACGCGGGGUCAAGUGCUCCAAUAGUGUGGCACCGGCAGCUCUGCAGAGGGCAGCAGAGCUUUAGCCACCCUGCAGAGGAAACGGCUCAAAAGUUCAUCAAUUCGUGCCCUCUGAACCCACCCCACACUCACCUACAUCCACAGUAAAACGGUAAACUACAACAUGAAUUUGUUAAGGUGCAACAUUCAGCCAUGAGAGUAAAGGUUAGUCCUGUUGCUGCAUCCUGAUAAUUCCAGAAAAAGAUGAUGUUUGUUGAUGUUUACUAAAGUCUGGAGAUGAAAAAAAAAAAAACAACAGUAAACCAAUGUAGAUGUAACUCCAUUAAGUUUUGUCCCCCUCAGUGUAAAACCAUCCAGGGUUGGAG